AUGAGUUCUAGUUCUUCGGCAAGCCACGAUGUCACGUCUGGGUUGGCACAGGCAAAGCAGGCCGCAUGUCUCGAAUGCCGGCGGAGCAAGGUAAAAUGUACCCGCGACGCCAACGCCCCAGUGUGUCGGAAAUGCCAACAGGCCGGCCUGCAAUGUGUCACGCCGGAGUACCAUGUUGGAAGGUAUAAAGGCGUCAAAAACAAGAGGACCGGGUUGGAAAAGGCAAUUUAUCAGGUCGAACAAGCGCUGAAGCGAACCAAGGAUGGCUCUAUUGGGCUUCCUUCCGAGGUUGAAGCCGACCUUCGACAGUUAAUCGGGGCUCCUCAGACAAGCACGCCACGCCCAAGUCUGGUUCCCAGUGAGGACAAUGGCGCAGCGGACGAUAGUAAUGAGGUCAUUGCUGCGGAUCAUGGCGAGAAGCCCGACGAACUCGCACUAAACAAUGCUGACAACCCUUUGCAACUGCUUGCCAUGGCUUCGGUGCUCCCGGGCCAGUCGCCGUCGACGGUAAUGUCGACGUCGCCCGCCGGCGUUGCUUCGCAACCAGGGACGAAUACGAAUGACGCGAACCCUGGCGACGCCGAGUUACAGCAGUUUUUUGGCUCCUUGAUGCCGAGGCUGGACAAUUAUCCCGAUCUUGACCCAAUUGACCUAGGACUCGUGACGCAGGACGAAGCCGAUUCGCUGUUUGCGUACUUCUACGAACGACUAUCUCAUACAAGGUGGGGUCUUGAUCCUACCCUCCACACAGCUUCCUUUGUGCGGUCGAGGUCAGCUUUCCUUUUCACCUCCAUCCUCGCCGCCUCUGCCUUAUUCCUCCCGAAAGCCGAGGCAUUGUCGAAGCGACUCUCCAAUCACCGAAAUCACCUAGCACAAACCGUCAUCUUCAAAAGAAUGAGAUCAGUGGAGAUCGUGUUAGCUUUCAUGGUCAAUAUUCCUUGGAUGACCCCGGCGAAACACUGGGCAGACGAUGAGACGUGCGCUUAUCUCUCGAUGGCCCUGAGCCUGGCAUUGGACCUCUCAUUAAACAAGAUUGUGGUUCCCUCCCCCACGAUUCGUCCCGCGGGUUUCCUCGAUCGGGUAGCCAAAGCCGAGUGUAUCGACUCCGCAAAGGCUCUGCAACUGGAUGGCUUUCCGCAAGUUGAUCCAUCUUCAACCCUGGGCCGACGUUUACUGAGAACUCGUGAGCGCGUCUGGUUGGCAUUAUUCGUCCUUGACCGAGGCAUCUGCCUCGCAAGGGGAAGGCCAUAUGCGGUUCCCAUUGGGCCCUUGGUAGACAGCUGCGAUACGUGGCACAUCUCCGACAUUGCCGACCGAUGGGAUGGUAGUGUCAUCUCUGCAGCCGUGUUGAGGCGAGAUUUGGUUGGCCUUCUCUCAAGUGUUCGCGAAAUUUGCGACGGAAGUCAAGGUAUCAAUGGUGGCUCGGCGGCCCCUGACAGCCUGAAAGACAAGAUCGACCGCUUCUUCGAGCAGUGGUAUGCAGUUUGGUCACGUCAAAUCACCCAAGGUGAUGGUCAACUACCUCCCUACGUUGAAAUUCUAGUUUCUCACACCAAGCUCUCCACAUACUGUAACGUCGUUAACCACCCAACGGCAUCGAAUGAUGUGAAACAAUUCUUUCGUGCUGCAGGGCUUGCGUCGGCCAUGAAUGUCAUGCGUGCAGCAGUCCAGGGAGAGAAUCGACUCAAAUCGAUGCCGAAUAAUACCGUCAUCAUGGUCUCUUUUGCCGCAACUUUUGCUCUGGCCCUGGGUACCACCAGUCUGGGCAAUCGAGCCAUGCUAGCCCCAAACGUGAAAGCGCUGAUUGAGGAGACUUGCCAUGUAUUGGAGAGGAUCGGAAGCUCUCCAAGACACCGCAAGGGCCUAUCCGUUCUUUUCGCAAGGCACAUUCGGCGAAUCAUGCAGAGCUCGGUUCUCAGUCCUCCAGAAGACAACCAAGGCUUUGCCCCAGGACCUUCAGAGCAACCUCAUCAGCAGGAUCAAAACGCCGGGCACGAAUCCUCAGGUACAGCAUCAAUGGCGGCGCCCAACAUCCCCUUAGAGCCGUAUGUCUUUGACAUGACAGACGACCAGAUCCUUGAAGCCAUCAACAACGCCAGCACCUCACAGGAUUUGUUUCAACUUGACGAGACCAUGUUCUUCGAUUGGUUGGACUGGCCCAAUGUCACUUGA